AAGAAAAAAAUUAAAAAGAAAAAAAAAUAAUAAAUUAAAUUUCAUUAACAUGAAUGUGUUAUAAAAAAAGGGAGAAAAGAAUUGGAGAAGAACGAGGAUUAUGGAGAGAUCGGCGUGAGAAAAUUGUUUCGGCCGCCGAUAAAAUCCACGGCCCGUUGCUCGAUAAUUCUUCAUUUCAAACCCCAACUAACAAACCCUUUUGGUUUUUCCUUAAAAAAUUCUCUCAAUUUUCUCAAUUCCCUGACGAUUGAUUUCCCAUUUUGUUGGUAAUGAAUUAGAGACAGAGAAGGAGAAGGAGAAGAAGAAGAAGAAGAAGAAGAAGAGAAGUGGUGGGUUUGGGGAAAAUGUUGUGCAGAAUUGCUUUGAUGUCGAAGAAGAAGAAGAGUGGAACAGUGCCGGUUUAUUUGAAUGUAUAUGAUUUAACGCCGAUCAAUGGCUAUGCGUAUUGGCUCGGUCUUGGGGUUUACCAUUCCGGUGUGCAAGUUCAUGGAGUUGAAUAUGCAUUUGGAGCACAUGAACAUGCAACUUCAGGUAUAUUUGAGGUGGAACCAAGACAAUGUCCUGGUUUUACAUUUCGGAAAUCAAUUUGCAUUGGAAGAACGAAUCUAGGUCCAAAAGAUGUUCGAUCGUUCAUGGAGAAACUAGCCGAAGAGUACUCUGGGAACACUUAUCAUCUUAUAACUAGGAAUUGCAACCACUUCUGCAAUGAUGUAUGUGUAAGAUUGACAGGGAAACCAAUCCCUAGCUGGGUUAACCGACUUGCUCGACUUGGUCUUUUCUGCAACUGCGUUCUUCCAGCGAGUUUGAAUGAAGCAAAAGUUCGACAAGUAAGAUCAGGAGAUAAGCUUAAUGAAGGUGUAAAGAAGAAAUUGAAAAGCCAACCAAGUAGGUAUAAUGAUACAUCUUCUUCUAAGCCCCCACCACCACCUUUGCCUUCCAAUCCUCCAACUUCAACCGUCAAAGUAAGUAGACAAAAACGAUGUAUCCCAUCAUCAUCAUCGGUGAUUCAUUCUUCAGCAUCCACAACUCUGACUCUAAAGCUAAAAGGAUGGAAUGAAGAAGAAGAAGAAGAAGAAAGAAGAAAGAAGAAGAAGGAUUUGUAUGAAAAUAUGUCAACUCAAGUGGAGAUGGCAUUAAUGGAAGUGGGUAUGGUGGGGACUGGUUGGUGGAGGCUCCGUCCUCUUUCCAUUCACUUUCAUUUACCAUUGAUUGUUUCUUUAUGGACCCAAAGUCUUCUCUGAAUAUAUAUUAUCUUUCAACGUUGAUGGUCAAAAAUAUACUGAAAUGACAGCCUUCUUUUCUUCCUCCUUUCAAUGGGGUAGAAACUCCCUUUCUCUGAUAAGAUUUGGCUCCAAUGAAAGGCCUUGAAAGUUUGCAGGUGUGUAACCAAUAUUUGAUUUGUGUAGAAGUAUUGAUUAUAUAGAAACUUGGAUUUGUGUAGUUUGUAUAGGUGUAUAAUGUGUUCCAUGAGUCGGUUGUUUGACGAGAUUAGUAAAUUUAUAUAUUUACAAGGUUCGAAA